GACCAAAAAUAACAUUCAUCGUCUUCUUUAUCUUUAUUAACAAGCUUUGAACUUGGAACCUUGUAUCAACAAUGGCAAUGGAUGCUAGCGAGAUUUCAAAAACAACAGCAAUAGUAGCAUGCACAUCAAUGACUUUACUGUACGUUGCUAUUCUCUAUACGCCCACUUUUCUCCUUCGUCUCCCACCGCCCGAUUCAAUUCAAACUUUCAUGAUCCGACGGUUCAUAUGCGCCGCCGUUUCUUCCGUCGCUUCUCUACUUCUUUGUGCUUAUAUUCUCCCUGUCAGAAAAUGGGAAGCAUCAAGCUUAUUGGGUGUUUAUGGCAUUCGAUUGGAUCACAUUUGGCAAGCUGUCAUCAUUCCUCUUUCCUUAACAUCUUUAAUGUAUGCUGGAUCUCUAGUCCUAAAGUCUUUGUUGCUGCUGGAUUCAUGGAGGGAUCAGUGGAAUCAUGGUGAUCAGCUAUCACGGGACAGCGUAAAAGACAUUGUAUGCAAAUUAAUUAUCUGGAUGCAAUCUGUUUUUUCCAAUAUCAUGGUGUGGCGCAAUUUCAUUGUGGCACCAUUGACAGAAGAGUUGGUGUUCAGAGCUUGUAUGAUACCUUUGCUUCUCUGUGGAGGGCUUACAACAUAUACUGCUGUGUUUCUUUGUCCUAUUUUCUUCAGCUUAGCCCAUUUAAAUCAUUUACUUGAUACCCUGCACCAUCGUAGCUUACUCCAAGCUUCGAUUGUCGUAGGUUUCCAGCUUGGAUACACAGUCAUUUUUGGGUGGUAUGCCUCCUUUCUCUUUGUCAGAACAGGGCAUCUUACUGCUCCAAUAAUUGCUCAUAUGUUUUGCAAUUUUAUGGGUUUGCCUGUAAUCUAUUCGCAGAGGACAGGUUUGAUAACUGUGGCUUCUAUAGCUGGGUUGCUGGGUUUUGUUUGGCUUCUGUUUCCAUUUACUUACCCUUAUUUGUAUAAUUAUGAAAUAGAUAGCUGUGAGUGUUGGCAUCGAUAUUGUACUUGGCAAUAAACUUCAGUUUUUUUGCAAAUUGUUGCUCUCCUACUUACAAGUAAAGGAACGACCCAAAACAUAAAUGGCAAUUCAGAAUAUGUUAUUCGCAAUUUUUGAUGUAGAGUUUCUGAAGUAAUGUAAUUUUUAGUUUUUUACUA